UACAUUUUUAGCAGAUGUUUUCUAGGGAGAAAUCAGUGACUAGUAUCUGUAAAAAAGUUACCAGAGCCAAGCCAUGUACAUGAUAACUGGAGAGAUGUUGCCUCUCUUCAUGGCCAUGGUUGUCGUAGUGCCUUUAACUUAUCAAGCUAUCCAUGGCAUCCUGGAGCGUCAAUUUCAGUUCCACACCGUGCUAAGCAUCUACUUGCUCAGGCCGAUGGAGAUAAUGUUGUCUAUCAUGAUGUUUCCUACUGCCAUCAGCUACGUUUUUGUGAUGGCCAUCUACAUGGCAAUGAAGGAGACUGUGUCCCUGACCAGCAACGUAGUGGAUGUCAUCGUGUCCUCCAAGUACCUCUACAGAGCCCUCUACGUCUUUCUCUUCCUGAACAUCUACCUCUUGACCAUUGCCAUUGCGAUAUGCAUCAUUAAAUUUGUGUUGAACGUCAUUAUAGAAUAUUAGCAGUUAUGAAAGAGUAUGUUUUAUGGAGGUCAGUGACGCGAAAGAAUGUCGAGAAAGUUGUUGCAUACGUCGUAAAAGGAUUUAAUGAAAGUUUAUGGUUUAAAUCAUGAAAUCAAAUAAUCAGUACAACCAAUCAAUGACUAAGUUUGAAUAGCUAUGUACUGUUUGACAUAAGCUUUGGGAGCGUCAGAGUGAUUUAUUUGAGGACAGUAAACGACGAGAAUAGUAAGUACUGAAACAAACGUAGGUAUUGAUUAUGUUUCGUGCUGAAAUAAGGACAGACUUGUGGAAAAGAAAUAUGCACACAUUAUUAAUAUCUAUUAAUUCCAACCUGUUGACAUUUUAUUCUUUCAAAUGGUACAGUUCUAAUUUGCAGAUUGAAAUGAAUUUGUGUAUUCCCAGAAGUGAGUGGAUAUCUCAUUCCUGCUAUAUUCCAUAUUAUUUCUAGACUGAUACUAUUUUUUAUAUUGUAUUUGUAGAUUGAUUUCACUAAUUGGAUUAGGUUUGCAGAAAUUCUAAGUGUGUGAAAUAAAUAAUCCAGAAUGAAAUUUGAUUGUCAGACUCAUUUUAUUAAAUAUACUUUAACAACAUUGUUCACUAUGGAAUCUACAGACUUCGAAGGCUUCGUGUAGAUAGAUUCGUAGAUAAGCUUUAAAUCCACUGCAGGCUGAAACUAUUAAACCUUUAUUCGGGCGACAUAGUUCUAGCUUCGUAUUGAGCUCAGUCAGAUCAGUGCUUUAAAACAUCUCUAAAAUAAUUUGCUUUUUUUUAGCGCUGUAUUAUGUUCUUAAUGGAAACGUUUCAACCAGUUGUGUCUGAUCUCCGACAUAGAUAUAUAAUGGCAAGACAAAUAACGAUGGUUAAUGGACAGUGCAGAAUAGAGAUGAACAAUCGAUUUUAAGCAGCUGUGGUGAUUAUGUUUUGUAAAUAAUAUUGUAAAAGGUACGUCAUAGAAACUUGGUUGUAAGACUUAAAGAAUUCUAUGUUUAUUUAUUAUUUUACGAUUAUUUCAUUGGUACAUUGGUUGGGACAGAGUGAAAGCGCUUGAAGCUUUGUUAUUGUUGACAGGGGACCUGAGUUUUGUGAUAGCAUAGUAGGAGCCAUUAUAAGGCAGUUUUGAUAGUUAAUGUAUAUUUGGGAAAUCAGCUUUUGUUGGCGUUAUCUACAGUUAUAAUUUAUUUCUAUUGCUUUAUUAAAUAUUUCUUAUUUCUAAUGCAUCCCUGGUGUUUUCUUGAAGUAUUGCAUACGUAAUGUAUCCAUGUCAAAGUCAUAGGCUAGGAGUUCACACGAUCACAACAGCAGCUAAGGCACCUAUCCAAAGGCAAAGAAUGACUGAGCAACAGUGGUGUCGCUGGAA